UACAGUGUAAUCUAGAAAAAUCCAAGAGAUUAGUGACUGGAAAUGCACAGCCAAGUCCACUGACUUUGGCUAUGUAACAAUUAACCAAAGAGUGGGUAGCAAAUAGCUAACCUACCAAGAGAUGUAAAAUAGAAGACCAGUUAGCCUACCUAAAUCAAUAGAGAUGCUACAUUACUAGAAGGCCAACACUCCUCCUCCAUUGAAGACAACUCAUCUGAAACCUAGUUGGAGCACUAAUUUUUUUUAGAACCGAGAGAAACAUGAGUUCAACCCCUGAUAUGUUAUUUGCACCAAAUGUUCAAGAAAUUGUGAGGAGUGACCCUUCGCAGAUCCCUGAAAAUUUCCUCAUAAUUAGGAAUGAAGAAGAAGGCAAGUCAAAUAAUACUGCAGAUGCAUGUCAUCUUUCUUCUGAGAUUCCUAUUGUUGAUCUUUCUCUGCUCUCAAGAGGACACAAGGAGGAGCUUAACAAACUAGACCAAGCUUGCAAAGAAUGGGGAUUCUUUCAGGUGGUCAAUCAUGGAGUGGCAACCGACGUGUUGCAGGAAAUGAAGGAUUCUACGGCCAAGUUCUUUGAACUUCCGUUAGAAGAAAAGAACAAAAUUCGUAUGCCGUCGGAUGAGUUUCAAGGCUACGGCCAAGCCUAUGCAGCUUCCCAAGGGCAGACACUGGACUGGUCUGACGCACUGUUUCUCGGUGUUUAUCCAUCCCACUUUAGAAAGCUCAAGUUUUGGCCAACCUCACCAGAGGGAUUCAAGGAUGCUAUUGAGGCAUAUUCAAGUGGAGUAAAAAGAGUUGGAGAUGAGCUCCUAAGGUCUCUAUCUUUAACUUUGGGGAUGGAGAAGGAUGCUCUUCUUAAACUACAUCAAGAAGUGGUCCAAGUUUUGCGCGUGAACUACUAUCCUACAUGCCAUAUGCCUGAUAAAGUCCUAGGUCUAAGUCCACACUCGGACACAGGGACCAUAACCAUACUCAUGCAAGAAGACAAUGUAACCGGAUUGCAGAUUAGAAAAGAAGGAGAAUGGGUUCCCGUGAAGCCAAUUCCAAACGCACUCGUUGUCAAUGUUGGAGAUGUUAUUGAGAUUUUGAGUAAUGGGAAGUACAAGAGCAUUGAACAUAGAGCUGUCACAACUGAAACCAAAGCGAGGAUAUCUUAUGCAUCAUUUCUUUUUCCACAUCCAGAUGUGGAAGUUGAGCCGUUUGAACAUAUUGUGGAGGCAUUGGGGUCUCGGAGGUACAACAAGGUCAAAUAUGGAGAUUAUCUGGGGAAUUCCUUGAAGGGGAAACUUAAGGGCAAGUCGCACAUUGAAACAGCCAAGAUUGGAAGUUAAUUAAGCAGAUGCUUUGAUUUUCAAAAGCCAGAAAAAAGAAAUCAAGGUUCUUCAUGAUGACUUUGAGUGGGCUUGUUAUAUUAAAAUAAGAAAUAGCAUCGAGCAUUCCAUAUGAUAUAUCAAUAAUAUAUAUACUCCCACUU